AUCAUUCCCACAAGGCAGCAGGAGCAGAGAGCAGCUAUUGCUGUGUCUGGCAGCAGGGUUGCAAAGUAGUAAAGAAGACAUCUGGUGAGUGUGAGACACCCAGCAGCCAUCCCCGUAUGUCAGGUGGACUGAGCAGAACUAAGAGCCCCAUCACGGUGCCUCCACCUCACUCACUGAUACAUGAGAGGCACAGUGACCAGAAGAUUCUGGAACUCACCAACAAGAUCAAUCAGCUACUGACUGGAGAAGUGACUGCUGGGAAUGGGACAUUAUACAGUAACACCGGGAGACGUGUCUGUGUGAUGACUGGAGAGGAGGGGGAGUAUAUAGAGGAACACAGGGGUCUGUACAAGGACGUGAUGAUGGAGAAUCACCGGCCCCUCACAUCACUGGAUGGGCCCAGUAACAGAGAUACCUCAGAGAGAUGUCCCCGUCCUCUGUAUUCCCAGGAUUGUACAGAGGAGAAUCACAGGAUCCCACAGGAGGAUCAGGUAGCACGUCUGUUUGAUAUUAAAACAGAAGAUAUAGAGGGAGAAGAAGAGACGUAUGUGACUGAUAUAAAAGCAGAAGAUAUAGAGGGAGAAGAAGAGACGUAUGUGACUGAUAUAAAGACAGAAGAUACAGAGGGAGAAGAAGAGACGUAUGUGACUGAUAUAAAGGCAGAAGAUAUAGAGGGAGAAGAAGAGACGUAUGUGACUGAUAUAAAGGCAGAAGAUAUAGAGGGAGAAGAAGAGACGUAUGUGACUGAUAUAAAGGCAGAAGAUAUAGAGGGAGAAGAAGAGACGUACGUGACGGAUAUAAAGGCAGAAGAUAUAGAGGGAGAAGAAGAGACGUAUGUGAGGGGUGAUCAGCAGUGUAAGGAGGAGGAGAUCCCUACAGAUAUCAGCACAGCAGAUGGACACACAAGCAGGAAUAUCUCAGAAGGACAUCUAAUGUUAUCCCCGGAUUGUGACAUAAAAGAUAAUGACAGUAGACAGGAUUCUCCAGGAGAUAAUCCCAGUACCCCAAUUAUACAUCCAGCUCUAUCAGCUGGUCCCUCUGAUCCUGGGAAAUGUUCUCCUGAUCACUCUGAUAUUGGUGCAUCUGUUACAGCUCUGACAGUAGAUACAGUGUUUCCACGUUCUAUAGAUGCCAAAUGUUUUACACAGAACACAAAGCGUAUUAACCCACACACAGGUAAGGCAGGUGAAAGGCCACUGAUAUGUUCUGAGUGUGGGAAAUGUUUUACAUACAAAUCAGAUCUUGUUAAACAUCAGAGAAGUCACACAGGUGAGAAGCCAUUUCCAUGUUCUGAGUGUGGGAAAUGUUUUACACUGAAAUCACAUCUUGUUACACAUCACAGAAGUCACACAGGUGAGAAGCCAUUUCUAUGCUCUGAGUGUGGGAAAUGUUUUACACUGAAAUCAUAUCUUGUUACACAUCAGCGAAGUCACACAGGUGAGAAGCCAUUUCCAUGUUCUGACUGUGGAAAAUGUUUUACACUGAAAUCACAUCUUGUUGUACAUAACAGAAGACACACAGGUGAGAAACCAUUUUCUUGCUCUGAGUGUGGGAAAUGUUUUACACUGAAAUCACAUCUUAUUGUACAUAACAGAAGUCACACAGGUGAGAAACCAUUUUCUUGCUCUGAGUGUGGGAAAUGUUUUGCAUACAAAUCAGCUCUUGUUAUACACCAGAGACGUUACACAGGUGAGAAGUGGUUUUAUUGCACUGAGUGCAGGAAAUGUUUUACACAGAACUCGCAACUUGUUACACAUCAGCGAAGUCACACAGGUGAGAGGUCAUUUCUAUGUUCUGAGUGUGGGAAAUGUUUUACACGGAAAUCAAAUCUUGUUACACAUCAGCAAAGUCACACAGGUGAGAGGCCAUUUCCAUGUUCUGAGUGUGGGAAAUGUUUUACACUGAAAUCACAACUUGUUAGACAUCAGAAAAGUCACAUAGAGGAGAAGCCAUUUUCUUGUUCUGAAUGUGGGAAAUGUUUUACAUGGAAAUCACAACUUGUUCCACAUCAGCGAAGUCACACAGGUGAGAAGCCAUUUUCUUGCUCUGAGUGUGGGAAAUGUUUUACACACAAAUCACAUCUUGUUAUACAUCAGCGAAGUCACACAGGUGAGAGGCCAUUUCCAUGUUCUGAGUGUGGGAAAUGUUUUGCAAACAAAUCAGCUCUUGUUAUACACCAGAGAAGUCACACGGGUGAGAAGUGGUUUUCUUGCUCUGAGUGCAGGAAAUGUUUUACACAGAAAUCCGAUCUUGUUAGACAUCAGCAAAGUCACACAGGUGAGAAGCCAUUUCCAUGUUCUGAGUGUGGGAAAUGUUUUACGCGGAAAUCCCAACUUGUUACACAUCAGCGAAGUCACACAGGUGAGAGGCCAUUUCCAUGUUCUGAGUGUGGGAAAUGUUUUACACGGAAAUCACAACUUGUUACACAUCAGCAAAGUCACACAGGUGAGAAGCCAUUUUCUUGCUCUGUGUGUGGGAAAUGUUAUACACAAAAAUCAAAUCUUGUUAGACAUCAGCAAAGUCACACAGAUGAGAGGUAAUUUUCAUACUCUGAGAAAUAAAUCAGCUCUUGUUGCACACAGUAGACAUCA